AUGGAGGCAGCCACCCCAAAAAGGAAACUGGCGGGGGACGGGGAGCUGACGAUUGAGGCCAUCCGUGAGGUGAUCAAGGGGGAGCUCCGGGAUGAGAGAAGAGAGCUCAAGCAAGAAUUCCUGGGAGAAGUCCGCACCGAAGUCCAAGCCACUAUCGACCGAGUGGAGAAAGUCGAACACAGCGUCACCUCUCAGUUGGAACACACACUCCAGUUGCUCCACAACCUCACCGACAAGUAUGCCGCCCACGGGGACUCCCUACGACGCUUGGAGGAAAACCAAUCGAAACAAGAAAGCACCAUGAUGACCAUUACCAACGACUACCUCACCAUCUCUACCCGGCUCAGCUUACUGGAGGGGCGCUUCGGAAGAUGGCAAGGGAGUGGAUCCGGAAGUGGAACAUCGUCCCUCUCCACCACGGAUACAACGGAAGCUGGCAAACGACCAGCUCUGAUUCUGGGAGGGUGGGCAGAAGACACACCCGCGAGUACCACAUUGGAAAAAGCGCAACAAGCCGCAGCUACCCUCCAACUAGAAAUCAACAUGCAGGAGGCGUUCGUCCCGGGAAUACGUAGGGGCUAUGUCAUCAUACCACUGCCGUCGCAAUACAGCAAGGAUCCGGAACUACAAGCAGGAGUUCGUCGCGCCCUUAAGAAGGUCAAAGACUCCAACAUCACCCUCGGGGAAAGGGAGAAUGGCACACCGCAAAAAAUGUGGAUGGCGAUGUCCCAAAGCCCACAACGCAGGGCCAAGGCGAAGUUGGCUGGAAAGGUCAAACGUUUCGCACUUGAGUUGGGAGCGGCCCUGAACACAGUGGAAGCAGAGUUUGCCUCGGGAACAGUGUGGCUGCAAGGCACCAAAAUAGCCUCGGCGUCAACACCCCAGAAGACAGGAGCCACUACAGCUGGAAUUGGAUGGGUGGACGUCCCCACCAUCGCCAACCUCCUACGUAAAGAUGGACAGGAAGAGGAGAAGUCUCACCACAAGCGGCUUUUACCCAACUACAAAGUUAUGAGUUGGAAUGUGGGAGGGCUCACACCUGUGCAAAUCCUUGAGCUCGCCGACACCCUCAGUGAGAUGGAUUCUUUAAAAGACAUCCGGAUCCUGAUGGUGCAAGAAGUUGUUUGUGCAGCUGGAAUUCAUAUGGAUGAGGUCAAACAAUGGAAAAUUCUUUAUGGGAAAGGGGAGCAUGAAUGGAGAGGUACAGCCAUUGUAUACAAGCUUUCACUCGGUACACACCACCACACCGAGCUCCACACAGGUGGAAUCACCACCAUCCUUCACCUCGCAGGCCAACCCACCAACCAACUAGGAGUCCUGUCAGGGCACAUCCCGUGGAAUGCUACAAUCGCUGCCACUGAGGCCCUACUCUCCGAGUGGGAAAGCAGCCGAGCGUGCCAUCAAAGCAAGUGCAUACUGGGAUUGGAUGCCAAUGAAACCUUCAAGAAUGGCCCCCACACAAUCACAGCUACCACAGCCAGGGGGAAUACCAUCCUGGACUGGUUUACCACCCAAAAUUUGAGACUGCCACCCCAACAGAUGGAAGCACCAUCACACUUCCCCUACAACCCGACGAUGAUGCCACGGAGAUUGGACUAUCUGGGGCUGAAAGGCUACCACAUGUCCGCGGCAUAUGUAGGAGAGAUCAGGGAUGUUGCCAGAUCGGAUCAUGAACCCAUCGUAGCGGAUAUUCCCCCCUCUGGCAAAAAACCCAAAACGAAACACACCUGGGGGCCCAGAGUGCUAAAAGACCCUGACCAAAUUGGCACCGCCCUCCAGGAAACGCCGGAGGGGAACACAUAUUAUGCCCAGGUGAAAAACAUCUGCCUUGCAAUCACGAAGCCCCAUUCGGACAGCAUAACCUUCCAUGAAAGCGAGACACUCCAACUACUACGACGAGAAGCUCACCGCACACCACCGGGGCAGGCCAGGAAACAAGCAUGGAAACAAGUCCAAAAACUCCGGAAACAAGAGCACAAGCUUUGGGAAAAAGAGCUCAUCGACCAGGCAAGCCAGAUGAAUUGGAAAGCCAUGCGAGCCAUCGACCACCUCAACCAACCUCGGCAUUGGGAACAUCGACUACUGGAUCCACCAGAUUGGCCCGAUCACCUUCAACAACAUUUCAAGAAGAUCUUCAACAAAGCCGACUUAGAGAUGACGGAGCGGAAGCUGGAGAGUAGUAUCGCUCAAAUGGGAACCACGGAAGUCUACGGGGCCGGCAUAGCCGAGGGAGUCACCGUCCUUUUACCUAAGACCCACGCCCCGACCAGCUGGGGAGAGACCAGACCGAUCACGUUGAGCAGUACAAUCUUGAAGUGGCUGGCCCAACUUCUCCUGCAUAGAAAGCCGUGGGAAGCCCAACUGUGGAUUGACGUGAUUAGCGCGAGGGAGAUCAACGUGGCCAUUGCAGACCGCACCACCCCGGUUCCGCAAACGAAUGGAGUGCGUCAGGGCUCUCCGGACAGUCCCCGACUGUUCGCAGAACUCAUUGGAGAAUGCCUCCAAGAAACCUUGGUGGAAGACGUCCACAGCACCACACCUACCCCGCCACACCCGGCCCAACCACGGGAGCUUCCACCAUGUCCGACCUCAGGUGGCGCUUUCAUGGAUGACACAUACCUAUGGGGAGGGUGCCCCGCCCGACUACAACGCCUAAUCACCACCCUGGAAGCCCAUCUCAAACGGCAGGGCUUGGACAUACACCCCAAGAAAACAGGCAUCAUCUCCAGCCAUUCCCAGGGAAAGGGCACACCCUUCCGAAUUGGCGGGGAAACGGUGCUAGCACAAGGCCCGGAUGUCAUCCUGCACGCCCUGGGAUCGCCUCUGACCUUCGACAACGUCACUACAGCCCUGGCAGCAGAAAUGCAAGGGCGAGCAAGACGUACCUUCCACUUAAGGAAACGCAUCCUCUGCGCAUCCACACCCCUCGGGCCCCGCCUCAAGUUGCACAACACCUACGUGCGUAGCUCGGCCCUGUGGGCGUGUAACACUUGGCCAAUACAGGAGAGUCUCCUCAAGCAAGCGAACUCGCAACAACUACAUCAAGUCCGAGCCAUGCUCGGGAGAUCACGUCAACCAACCGAGCAAUGGGCAGAAUGGAACACCCGCACCCUGCGGGAGGCGAGAAUGAUCGCGCAACGAGAGCAGCUACAGCGCUGGUCCACAUUUGUUUUAUGGCAAGUGUGGGGGUUAGUGGGCCAUCUCGCCCGUGGGCAUCCCACCACUCAAGCAGUUCUCCAAUGGCGCAAUAUCAAGUGGUGGAGAGGUUGCAGCAAUGUGCAGUUCAGCAAUGUCAGUGUUGUCUGUGCCGGGAAGACCGACGACUACCGGAACCACCAUGUGGACCACCGAUGCCUCGAGCACCAACACCAACACCCACACCAGUGCCUCGACAACCACCACGACCCCCAUGGUUCCCACGACCUCCAGGAGUACCACCCGCACGGCUCCGACGACCACCUCGACCCCCUCGACCCCCACAAGCACCGCGACCUCGAUGACGACCACCUCGACUGCCGCGACGGUGCCCACAACCCCAACGGGGACUACCACCACGGCCUCUACCACCACCACGACCCCUAUGACUCCCACGACCUCUACGAGUACUGCCUGCGCAACCACUACGACGAUGACUACAACGGCUCCGACAACCUCAUCGGCCUCCUCGACCUCGACGGGCACUACGACCUCGAUGACGACCGCCUUGACUACCACGACGACUACCACCACCACGACCCCUAUGACCUCCACGACCUCUACGAGUACUGCCUGCGCAACCACUACGACUACGACUACAGCGGCUCCGACAACCUCAUCGGCCUCCUCGACCUCUACGGGCACUACGACCUCGAUGACGACCACCUUGACUACCACGACGGUGCCCACAACCCCAACGGGGACUACCACCACGGCCCCUACCACCACCACGACCCCUAUGACUUCCACGACCUCUACGAGUACUGCCUGCGCAACCACUACGACUAUGACUACAACGGCUCCGACAACCUCAACGGCCUCCUCGACCUCGACGGGCGCUACGACCUCGAUGACGACCGCCUUGACUACCACGACGACUACCACCACCACGACCCCUAUGACCUCCACGACCUCUACGAGUACUGCCUGCGCAACCACUACGACUACGACUACAGCGGCUCCGACAACCUCAUCGGCCUCCUCGACCUCUACGGGCACUACGACCUCGAUGACGACCACCUUGACUACCACGACGGUGCCCACACCCCCAACGAGAACUACCACCACGGCUCCCACGAUCACCACGACCCCUUUGACUUCCACGACCUUUACGAGUACGGCCUGUGCAACGACUACGACGACUACCACAACUACAACGGAAGCUACCAAUACCCAAACGGCAAGAACGCCUACACCAACAUCUACGACUACGACCACCAUGACCACUACGAUUUCUACAUCAACGAAACCAACAACAACUUCUACGACCACCCCGACCUCCAUGGAUUCCACGACCUCCAUGACCAACGACACCCCGAUGACAACCACCCGGCUGACAACGACGGUGUCCACGCCCACACCAAUGCCGACCACCACCUCCACUACACCGGACGACCCCACCUACGUCGCCACAAACGCUGCUGCCGAAGAAGGACCACCACCGGCCACGACCAGGCCACACCCCUAUAA